AUGUGGCGCCACGUCCUACCACGCUCGUGGUCCGCUGUGCCCAUCGCCCGACACCUUCAUAGAGUCCCGCGGCAUCAUGGCCUCAUCCAACAGCGACAGGCCCUUCAUGCGUUUUCUUCAUGGCAGCCCCUCGCUCAGCACAUGAGCCCUAACCGGAUCCUCCGGAGCACCGCUUGGCGUGCGAACCAUCUUUCCACCGACACCAGCCGCGGGGAGAAGCUUCACCCGGACCGGAAGCAAUCUUCGCAAGCCCAGGCCUCGAAGAGCCGCCUCACUGAAGAUAUUAAGGAAUACAAGGCACGCGUCGCGUCGGGAAAGACAGCCAGUUUUGAUCCUGUUCCAAUCCCCGUUGAGUCUGCCAGCGUCUUUCCGAGAAUCAAAACCACGAGUCUUUCGACCAAGAGAAUCGUCAUCCACGAUAAGGCCAUGAAGAAUUCUGUCACCUUGGUGCUGGUCGCCUUCCGAAGCUUUGCCGAUGAUCAAUUGCAGAGCUGGAAGAACACUUUUGUCAAGGACCUUCCUCAAGACUCAGUGCAAUGGUACGACGUCACCAUUAACGAAUCCUUUGGCGCGCAGGCCCUGAGCGGUUUCAUUCAACGCCUUCAGCGUGGGAGAACUGAUCCCGCUCUGCACGACUUUUACGUCGCGUUCAACAGCAAAGCGAGAGAGCCGCUGGAAGCGCUACUUCCUUCGAGAAACAGAAUGUUUGGAUAUGUUUUAUUGCUUGAUCCACAGGCGCGUGUGCGCUUUAGAGCUUCAGGCAUGGCCACCGAGCCAGGGCUUCAGGCCAUGAUCUCUUGUGCGAAGGAGAUCCUCUCGGAGGAUGGGCGAUGAGCUAUGAAUCAACAAGAUUCGUUUGAGAUAAGAAAUUGCUCCACAUGUAAAGUAAUAUCUACUU